UUUUAAUAAAAAAAUAUGGCCUUUUCUCUCUCGUCAAGACCUGACAUGUUUCUCGUUCCAUCUCCAUCUCCAUCUCCAUCUCCUUUCCUUGACCGAACCGGACCCCCGACUCCUCUUUUAAAUCGAACUCAACUUCCCGGUUUGUCCGCUCGCAGACAGUUCCUUCGUGGUUCUCUACCCGUUGCCAAGUUCGGGUUCAAACCCGGACUGUUUCCCGACCCGGAUGCUCCCGAAGGUGUUAUUAGUGAGCUGCUUAUUAGAGCUGAAAGCCUUCUCUAUACGAUUGCCGACGCUGCCGUUUCGUCUUCCGACACUAUUACUACAACCACUGCUGCUGCUACUAAACAAAAUAAUGACUGGCUCUCGGGAAUUACCAAUUCUAUGGAAACUGUUUUGAAGGUUUUGAAAGAUGGGUUGUCGACUUUGCAUGUUCCCCACGCUUACGGUUUUGCCAUUAUACUUCUGACUGUGCUUGUUAAGGCGGCUACAUUUCCUUUGACUAGGAAACAGGUAGAGUCUGCAAUGGCUAUGCGUUCAUUACAGCCUCAAAUAAAGGCAAUUCAGCAACGGUAUGCUGGAGAUCAGGAGAGAAUUCAGCUUGAGACUGCUCGGUUGUAUAAACUAGCUGGGAUAAACCCAUUAGCAGGAUGCCUGCCUACUCUUGCUACAAUUCCAGUUUGGAUUGGGCUAUAUAGAGCCCUGUCAAAUGUUGCAGAUGAGGGACUCCUCACUGAAGGCUUCUUUUGGAUACCAUCGCUGGCUGGUCCGACUACAAUUGCUGCUCGACAGAAUGGAAGUGGUAUAUCUUGGCUUUUCCCAUUUGUCGAUGGACACCCACCUCUUGGAUGGACGGAUACAUUUGCGUAUCUUGUGUUGCCUGUGUUGCUUGUCAUCUCACAGUACGUCUCUGUCCAAAUCAUGCAAUCGGCACAGAGCAAUGAUCCAAACAUGAAGAACUCUCAAGCGCUGACGAAGUUCCUUCCUCUAAUGAUUGGCUAUUUUGCUCUUUCAGUUCCUUCUGGUCUAAGUCUAUAUUGGUUGACAAAUAACAUAUUAAGCACAGCACAACAAGUGUGGCUUCAAAAGUUGGGGGGAGCAAAGAAUCCGGCAAAGCAACUUAAUGAUGAUGUAAUCAAGGAAGAGCAAGCCCGGCUUCAGAAGUCUCUCUCUGAAUUGAAUGUCACCAGAAAGGAGGCCAAACAAGAAGAGAAGUUGACACCGGAGGGGCCACGCCCUGGGGAACGAUUUAAGCAGCUAAAGGAGCAAGAGGCGAGAAGAAAAAAGCAAAGAGAAGAAGGGAGGAGCAAAGCUCAAGAGGCAGCAGCUAAAGUUGAUCAGUUAACAAAAGAGGGACAUGAGAUAGAGGGUAGCAUCAUUGAUAAGGAAAAUGGUUCCAGAAUUGGCUUAGGCACUAAAACGAAUGAAAAUUAUCAAUCUGUAACCAGCCAAGGUUCUUCCAAUGUAGUUGUGAAUGGAGACCUCUCUAGGCCGAACAUGAAGAAAGAUCAGAAGGCGGCUUCUUCAUUUAGCAAGAACAGCGAGUGUUUGGAACAUGUAGAGAAGGAAGAAGUUGAAGCAUACACUAGUUCAGCCACUUCAGACGGAAAAUAUUCUGAAGACGAUGGGCAGGAAGACACUAGGGAGUGACAAUAGAAAGUAGAGAAAAAUGGUAAUAAUGAAGUCGGUAUCCCAAGUCAGCCAAGUGUGAGAUCUCCAUUUGAUUUUCCUGUUAAAGUGGAUACAAGGAGUCAGCAGCAGCAGAUCGAAACUCGCUGCCAGCUUCCAUCGGUGCAGCUCAUCAACCCCAGCUACUACAUUAGAAAUUGAGUGGAUGGAAGGCAUAUGUUGCCCUUGGCUGAUAAUGAUAUCGUAGGAAUAACAUUUGCAGAUACAAAACUCAACAAGCAAAAAAUACAAUAUGCAAGGUUUCACAAAAUAUAAGGGCUGUUGUAAACUUUGUUUUAAAAAGCGUGCCUAAAGCGUAGGAAACAAAAGGCCUCCAACGGCACAGGAGAAGCGAGGAACAAAAAGUCAGUUAGACGUGUUUUUGUAGCUUAUUGAAGAGGCGUUAGACACACUGCUUUAAACGCCUUAGAGAUAAAUGCUUUCACAGUUAUUUUGUUUAGUGGUGCGAACAAGUUGUUUAA